AGCUCUUAGGGAAGAUGGCUGAUGUAAGCCUGAAGGAAGUGGCACUAAUAGUUGGUGUGGUGGCAGCCUGCUACUGGAACAGUCUAUUCUGCGGCUUUGUUUUUGAUGAUGUUUCAGCAAUUUUGGACAACAAAGAUUUACAUCCUUCUACUCCAUUAAAAAAUCUGUUUCAGAAUGACUUCUGGGGGACUCCAAUGUCUGAGGAAAGGAGUCAUAAAUCUUACCGGCCACUCACAGUUCUCACGUUUCGUUUAAACUACCUGUUCAGCGAGUUGAAUGCAGUUUCUUACCACUUCCUAAAUCUCAUCUUUCAUGGGGUGGUUUGUGUAGUCUUCCUCAAGGUCUGUAAGCUUUUUCUGGACAACAGGAGUAGCGUUGUUGCAUCCUUGCUCUUUGCAGUGCACCCAAUACAUACUGAAGCGGUAACUGGAGUUGUGGGCAGAGCAGAACUUCUAUCAUCCAUCUUUUUUCUAGCUGCCUUUUUAUCAUAUACUAAAUCUAAAGGGCCAGAUAAUACCAUAGUGUGGACUCCAAUUGCAGUGACUGUGUUUCUAGUAGCUGUUGCAACACUGUGUAAAGAGCAAGGAAUAACAGUGGUGGGGAUAUGCUGUGUGUAUGAAGUAUUUAUUGCGCAAGGGUAUACCUUGCCAGUGCUGUUGGACACAGCUGUGCAGAUUCUUCGAGGGAAGGGCAGUAUUCCUUUUUCCAUGCUCCAAACACUGUUGAAGCUCAUAGUACUAAUGUUCAGUACACUGCUUCUUGUUGUUGUCAGAGUCCAGGUUAUCCAGUCUCAACUUCCAGUGUUUACAAGGUUUGAUAACCCAGCUGCUGUAAGUCCAUCUCCAGCAAGGCAGCUGACUUUCAACUACCUCCUCCCUGUAAAUGCUUGGCUUCUUCUCAACCCCUCAGAGUUAUGCUGUGACUGGACAAUGGGAACUAUUCCACUCGUGGAAUCUUUGUUAGAUGUUAGAAAUGUUGCCACCCUUACAUUCUUUUGCUUUCUGGGAUCUUUGGUUGUCUUCAGUCUCCGAUAUCCUGGGGAUUCCUCCAAGACCGUACUGAUGGCACUCUGCUUAAUAGUGCUACCCUUCAUUCCUGCAUCAAACCUCUUUUUUCCUGUUGGAUUUGUAGUAGCAGAACGUGUGUUAUAUGUUCCUAGCAUGGGAUUCUGCAUUUUAGUAGCACACGGAUGGAAGAAAUUAUCAAAUAAAAGUGUACUAAGAAAAAUUUCUUGGGUUUGUUUGGCUGUGGUACUAUUCACGCACGCCUUAAAAACACUGCACAGAAACUGGGACUGGGAAUCAGAAUACACAUUGUUUAUGUCAGCUUUAAAGGUGAAUAAGAACAAUGCAAAACUAUGGAACAAUGUGGGGCAUGCCUUAGAAAAUGAGAAGAAUUUUGAAAGAGCUUUGCAAUUCUUCAUACAAGCCACCCAAGUGCAACCAGAUGAUAUUGGUGCCCACAUGAAUGUAGGAAGAACUUACAAAAACUUAAACAAAACUAAAGAAGCCGAAGAAUAUAUGAUUGCUAAAUCAUUGAUGCCACAGAUUAUUCCAGGUAAAAAGUAUGCAGCAAGAGUUGCUCCUAACCACCUGAAUGUUUAUAUUAAUCUUGCAAACUUAAUUAGAGCAAAUGAAUCUCGCCUUGAAGAAGCAGAUCAAUUAUAUCGACAAGCAAUUAGUAUGAGGCCAGAUUUCAAGCAGGCUUACAUCAGCAGGGGAGAAUUACUUUUAAAAAUGAACAAGCCUCUGAAAGCUAAGGAAGCAUACCUUAGAGCUCUAGAACUAGACAGAACCAAUGCAGACCUAUGGUACAACUUGGCAAUUGUUUACAUUGAACUGAAAGAUCCAACAGAAGCCCUGAAGAAUUUUAACCGAGCACUAGAACUCAACCCAACACAUAAACUGGCAUUGUUCAACUCAGCCCUGCUAAUGCAGGAAUCUGGUGAUGCUCGGCUUAGACCUGAAGCUAAACAAAGACUGUUAAAUUAUGUGAAAGAAGAACCACAGGACGCAAAUGGCUACUUCAAUUUGGGUAUGCUGGCAAUGGAUGAAAAAGAUGUGGAGGCAGAGGCAUGGAUGAAGAAAGCCAUAAGGUUACAGCCAAACUUCCGAAGUGCUUUGUUCAAUUUGGCGUUGCUUUAUUCUCAGACAUCAAAAGAAUUGAUGGCUUUGCCUGUUCUGGAAGACCUACUGAAAUACUAUCCUGAUCAUACCAAAGGUCUCAUUUUGAAAGGAGAUAUCCUUAUGAACCAAAAGAAGGAUAUAGUUGGAGCAAAAAAGUGCUUUGAAAAAAUUUUGGAACUGGAUCCCAACAAUGUACAAGGAAAACAUAAUCUUUGUGUAGUUUACUUUGAAGAACGAGACUUAAUAAAAGCAGAAAAAUGUUUGGUUGAAACUCUAGCUCUGGCACCUCAUGAGGAGUAUAUUCAACGUCAUCUGAACAUAGUUAGAAGUAAAAUUGCAUCACUUAGUAUUACAGAACAGUCAUCGCUUCUGGCAGAUGGGACUGCAACUACUGCUGCAGAAGAAAAAAAAACAUUUCAGAAUUUGAAAGAAGUAAAAAAUGAGCAGAAAACCUCCCAAACAACAGCUGAUAACAAUAAAGGGCAAUCAAAAAAUAAGAAACGAACAGAGAAAAACAGUAUGGAAAAAGAGACUCCCAAAAAAUCUUCAAAAGAAAUCAAAGAUAUUGAGAAAAAGAGAGUUGCUGCUUUGAAAAGACUAGAAGAGAUUGAACGUAUAUUAAAUGGUGAAUAGUCUUUAUUAUGUCACAAAAGAGUAAGGGAGGAGUACUAUUUUUAGUUGUUUAAUGUGAUCCAACUGGAAGAUGGUUUCAGUGCUUUUGGAAAUAGAAAAAAUGUUGACUGCAUAUCAUUUGGCAAGCAGUGAAAGUCAUUACAAUGCUUUUUGUGCGAACUACAAAUUUAAAUAUGAUGUGGGGUAUGGAUGGGGAUUGAAGGGUAAUGGGUUGAGAAUAAUCUUAAAUGCAGAAUCUUAAUUGAGAAAAUAGUACCCAAAAAUCAUUGUAAGUCAGGGAUAUUCAGGAAGGCUACUUUCAAGGAAUCCGUGAAAAAAAAUAGUGGUGAACUGAUAGGAUAAGCCGGACACUGCUGCUUUUCCACAUAAAAAUCUGUUUGGGUUAACAUUUUCUACAUUUCCAUUUUACACAUCAACAGUUUAAAUCUUUCUAGACCUUUGUUUGCUCUACGUGGAAAAGCAUUUUUCUUUGUGUUAUUUGUUUAGAGAGCUUAUCAAAGUCAGUAAAAUGCCACUGGUUGUACUAUGUAUGUGUUAGACCAUAGGAUGAUGCAGCAGCACUAAAACUUUCAAUUGUGUUCUAAAUAAGGAAUGAUAUAAUAACCUUUUAAUUGUUCUUUACUUACAGUGCUAAUGGUUUGUACUGUUUUACUGAAUAGAAAUCUUAUGGUGCUCGUAAGAUCUUUAGUCUAUGCUUUACUUUUAAAGAAAACGUGUUUUUUUUUUCUUCAACUAUCAAACAUCUGGUUGUUUUUAAAAGUAUAUAUGGCGGAAAGAAACAGAAAACAAAAAACACCUUUUUUCACUCUUUCCCCAGUUCAUUGAAUGCUGACAAAUGCACUUUUGGUACAGCAACCAAUAUGCUAUGCAGUAGUCCUUGUCAACUUUGUAUGGAUGACUGUGGAUUGACUCUGUUGUGUGGGAAAUUCUUCUUUGUUUAUAGUAAAUCGACUUUAUUGUUGGAACACUAUUUUAAGUCUCAUGACUUUUCACAACAUUGAUUUAAGCAAUGAUUGCUUAGAACAAUGUGAUAAUAAUUAAGCCACUGAAUUUAGCAAUGUUUAACACAAGGAAAUGUGGAUAGUGUGCUUCCAAAGACUAAGUUCUUUUGUUUCGAUACUUUGUCAUGGGUGUGUGGUUUUUAUUAAAUAUUUAUUUUGACUACUAAAAUAUUCCCAUUUACACUUUUCCACUAAUGCAGAAUUUUUAUUUCCUACAUGAAAUUUUUUUUUUUUUGUAAUUUCAGUGUUGCUUUUAGCCUUGUGCAAUGCAUAUAUUUUUGUUUGAAUAUAUUACCUAUUACUGAAGUAUGAUGCCUCCCUUAAUUAUGAAAAAGAAGAGAAGAGCUGGGUGGAGAAAGAAGUAUAAGAGAUGGGUUCCUUAACAACUUAAUCAUUAAAUCUAACUCUUACUCUC